AUGUCCUUCGAAUUCGCCACUGAGGUACCCCGCAAAUUUGCUGCCCUGCUGAAUCCAGAUCUAUACGCACACUUCAUCGAAGAUCUUAACGGCUGUUUCCAACGCGAGGUCUCGUAUUAUAAGCAGAUAAGAGAGCAAGGGCGAUGUUGCUACCUCCGAUCGCCCGCACUAUGCCAACACUGCAGGACUCUUCAACUGGCUAUAGAGGUGAGCCAAAUUGCCCUCAAUCGGUUCAAUGAAACACUUCUCCAUCAGCACGGGCUGCAUGUGGCGCUGAGAAGGGAAGAGAUCACCAUUGCCGAUGACUACUUCGGCACAACGAGUGGCAAAAGACGUAGCAUACCGUACACAUUCACGUGGCUGGAGUUCGCCCAGAUGGGCACGGGUACAAUGCACAUCCAACGCACUCCGAAUGACAAAGAGCAAGAUACGCCUGUACCGCCCACGGUGGAUAUGCGGGACCGGAAGCCUAUGUUGAAACGUGGAGAGGAUGAUGGUUUCACGAAAAAGAUGAAAGAAGGAGGCCUCCAGCACACAAAACAAGACGGCGCGAAAGUGAUGCUGAAUUACAACAGCUUGCCUCCGCUAGGGUCUGUCUCCGCCCUUGCAAGGACGCCGUUAGUGAGUCCGAAUACGAAAAGGAAAGCCGGACCAGAAAAGCGAUACGGUCUACCAACUACCGCAAAGAAAAUACCGCCACCGGUGCCGCCGAGGAAGAGAGGGGGGGCGAGUGUAAAUAGCCAAAGGAGUGAGGAUAGCGCAACAGAGGGUGCAGACGAUGGGAAGGGGUUUGCUGAGGGCAUGGAAGGGUCUGUAAGUGGGCCUAAUGCUGAGGAGAGUGGGGAGAGCCCUGGGAGUGGGUCUGAUAAAGCUGCAUAUGACGGCGAUGGUCACAUCCAAGCAAACUUGGGGGUACAGAUGGACGAAGAGGUGCGGGGUAUUGCCCACGGCCUCUCGAUCACAGCCACAGACCGAAACGAUUGCACCGAGGGGGAUCCGAAUACGACUCGAGGAGUAGGAAAGCAAAGUGACAUCGAUGAUGUUUCAUUUGCGCUGCAACAGCUGGCCCUGUCGCUUACACCUCCACCAGGAGCGCUUGAGAGGACUUCCGGAGGAAUGAGUGCCCAAGAGAUGAACGAGGAGCAACCUACAAGCCUGUAGCGUCGCCCACGGAUGAACAUUCCAGAUAUUGUUUAUUGUGACUUGCACUUCUGUCACUUGGGUCUACAAAUCAUGCGCUGAUAUUGUUGUACACUGGGCGCCAGAUCUAAGGGCGUGGGCAGGAUACUAAGGUGAAUGUUCGUAAUCGACCACGAGAUGUGCCACAAUAUGGUCGAGGUGAUGGUUGUAGUGUACUGCCAUAAACGAAUCCGGUAAUCUUUGUGUUCUGCUUUUGCAACUACAACUACAUCGACGCACUUGCAUGCAUCGCCGGUCAUUCAUAAGAGUAGACAGUAAACAGCACGCUCAAUGCGGCCGUGGAGGAUUGGGUGUCUAAGAGACUUUGAUUAGUAUGUGUCGGGGCGCUCACGAGAAAAUUUGUGCGCUGAUGACGCAUAAAGUAACUGGAGCAUAAUUAUUGAUAAAGGAUUAUCCUUCGCACUCACAUGAUUUGCAGCGAACUGUAUGUCGCUGUAGCAUGCUUCUGUGCACUGAAACACGCAGUCGUAGUGGCCGAGAUGUUCCUUCGCCCGGACUCCAACCCCAGAACCCACACAGGAAUAGCAGGCUCUGGUCCUGGUGAUACAGCUGCCCAAACCUCGCAGCGACUGAGUCGCGCCUACUUGUUCUC